AUGAAGCUGGAUUCAAGACAGGCUGAUGCUACAAAGGAGAAGUUGCAUUCAGAGGCAACGGUUGCAGUCCAGAUGUUGAGGCUGCUGGUGUUGCUGCUGCUUCUGCCAUGCAUUGCCCACAAAGCAGAUACAAUGAAGUGCACAAUGGAGGAGGUUCCUAUUCCACAUGAAUGGUACCAGCCAGGGGACAUCCUCAUUGGUGGGAUUACUUCUCAGGUCAUAUAUCAUUUUCAUGAACUGUCCUUUGAAGAUUUUUCUCAGGAGUUGUUUGAUGUUCCACACAUGGUGACAAAGUUUUAUCAGCACUCCCUGGCCUUGGCAUUUGCUGUCAAUGAGAUCAACACGGAUCCCACAAUCUUGCGCAAUGUCACUCUUGGUUUCCACAUCUAUGACAGCUACUAUGAUGAUAAGAUGACCUACCGUACCACUCUGGAUCUGCUCUUUAAAUCACAUAGAUAUGUUCCCAAUUAUGAAUGCGACACCCAGAAAAACCUAAUGGCCGUCAUAGGGGGACUUAGUUCUGAUAUCUCUUUCCACAUGGCAGCCAUUCUAGGUCACUACAAGAUUCCACAGCUCACAUAUGGGUCAUUUUCCCCAGCGGAUGGAGACAAAACAAAGUCCUCUUUCUUUUACCACAUGGUUCCCAAUGAAACCUACCAGUACUCGGGGCUUGUCUGGAUACUUCAGCAUUUCAGAUGGACAUGGGUUGGGCUGUUCAUUGUGAGCGAUGAUAGCGGAGAACAUUUCAUGCAGGCAAUGGAGCCACUGCUUUCCCAAUAUGGGAUUUGUUUGGCCUUCGUGGAAAGAAUCCUAAACCGAGCCCACUGGCAGGACUUAUUUGACAUUGUUACUUUCGUUUCAGAUAGUUACCGACCUUUUCUAAAUAGCAAAGCCACUACAUUUAUCCUCUAUGGAGAAUCUAGGACUGUUGUAGCACUGAUAACUUUUAUGUUUCUAGGUAAUCUCAAAUUAAAUGAAAAUACUUCAUUGAGAAGGGUGUGGAUUAUGACAGCCCAGGCUGAUUUUGCAUUAACAGGCUUCCAAAAGACCUGGGGUCUGGAAUUCUUCCAGGGUGCCAUUUUCUUCUCAAUUCAUUCACAAGAGCUUCUACAGUUCCAGACAUUCCUUAGAAACAUAAAGCCUUAUAGGACACAAGGAGAUGGAUUUCUCAAGGAUUUCUGGGAGCAAGCAUUUGACUGCACAUUUCCAAAUUCCCAAGAAAUGUCCAUGGUUGAAGGAGCAUGUACAGGGGAGGAGAAGCUGGAUAGCCUCCCUGGGCCUGUUUUUGAAAUGCACAUGACUGGCCACAGCUACAGCAUCUACAAUGCUGCCUAUGCCAUAGGACACGCCCUGCAUGUUAUGUACUCAUCUAAAUUUAUCCUUAGAACCAUGGCAGGUAGCAAAAGAAAUAGCAUUCAAAGUCUCCAGCCAUGGCAGCUCCACCCUGUUCUUCAAGGCAUUUCAUUUAACAAUUCAGUCAGAGAAACAGUGUAUUUUAAUGAUAAUAUGGAAAUGGGAGGUGGAUUUGAUGUCAUGAACUUGGUCACAUUCCCAAACAAGUCCUUCCAUAGGCUGAAAGUUGGAAAGGUGGACCCUGAUGCUUCGGAAGGAAAAAAAAUGAUCAUCUAUGAGGAUAUGAUAGUACUGCCCAUUUCUGUGUGCAAUGACUACUGCCAGCCUGGUUAUCAGAAGAAAAAGAAAGAAGGGGAGAAAUUUUGCUGCUACGAUUGUACUCCAUGCCCAGCAGGGAAGAUUGCAAAUUGCACGGAUAUGGAGGACUGUAUCAAAUGCCCAGAAGAUCAGUAUCCAAGCAAGAAUCAAGACCAAUGUCUUCUGAAGACAAUCAGUUUUCUAUCCUAUAGAGAACCCUUAGGGACCACAUUAAUGACAGUUGCAGUUUCAUUUUCCCUAAUCACUGUGUUGGUGCUGGGAAUUUUUAUUAAGCACAGAGAUACUCCCAUAGUCAAAGCCAACAACAGUGAUAUAACCUAUGUUCUUCUUCUCUCCCUCUUGCUAUGCUUUGUUUCUUCUUUACUCUUCCUCGGACAACCUAGGAAGGUGAUCUGCUUUGUCCGACAAUCUGCAUUUGGAAUCAUUUUUUCAGUGGCUGUUUCUUCUGUGUUGGCCAAAACUGUCACUGUGGUUGUAGCUUUCAUGGCCGUCAAACCAGGGUCCAGCAUGAGGAAAUGGGUGGGGAAAAGACCAGCCAACUCCAUUAUCCUUCUUUUCUCCCUGAUUCAAGCAAGCAUUUGUACCGUGUGGUUAGCAGCCUCUCCCCCAUUCCCAAAUUUAGACAUGCAGUCCCUGAAGAGAGAGAUAGUAGCAGAAUGUAAUGAAGGGUCUUCCAUCAUGUUUUACAGUGUUUUGGGCUACUUGGGACUUCUGUCUUUCAUCAGCUUGACUGUGGCUUUCCUAGCCAGGAAAUUGCCCGACAGUUUUAACGAAGCCAAGUUCAUCACCUUCAGCAUGUUGAUCUUUUGCAGUGUUUGGUUGUGUUUUGUUCCAACCUAUCUGAGCACCAAAGGGAAAUACAUGGUAGCUGUGGAGAUCUUCUCUAUCUUGGCUUCCAGUGCUGGGCUACUGGGUUGUAUCUUUUCCCCUAAGUGCUACAUUAUUGUUUUCAGGCCUGAGUUGAACAAAAGGGAACAGACAAUAGGAAGAAUGAAGUAA